UCUCUACGGUUUGUAGCUUCCUUCCAUGGCGACGCGUUCCAUUUCUCGCUCCAUUCCCAGGCUCUUGACUCGAUCCUUCGCUUCAUCCGCUCCCCUCUCCAAAACCCCGGCGGCUCCGUCUCUCCUCAGCAGUUCCCGCCCCCUCGCCGCCGCCGCCUUGUCCUCCGUUCUCCGCGGUGGAUUUGUUUCCGUGAAAGGUCUUUCGUCGCAGGCGACGGCGUCUUCUCUGAAAGAUCCGAGUCCCAACUGGUCGAACAGGCCGCCGAAAGAGACGAUCUUGCUCGAUGGGUGCGAUUUCGAGCAUUGGCUUGUGGUUGUGGAUCCGCCUCAGGGUGAUCUUACGAGAGACGAGAUCAUUGAUGGGUAUAUCAAAACCCUAGCUCAGAUCGUUGGCGGUGAAGAAGAAGCGAGGAUGAAGAUCUACUCUGUUUCGCAUCGUUGUUACUUUGCUUUCGGUGCACUCGUGUCUGAAGAUCUUUCUCACAAGCUCAAAGAGUUGCCAAAUGUGCGUUGGGUUCUUCCUGAUUCUUACCUUGAUGUGAGGAACAAAGACUAUGGAGGGGAGCCUUUCAUUGAUGGGAGAGCAGUCCCUUAUGAUUAUAAGUACCACGAGGAAUGGAUAAGGAACAACGCUAGAGCUAAUGACAAAAACAAGCGCAAUGACCACCGUCCAAGAAACUUUAAUAAAAGGAGAGACAACAUGUCAGGAGGCUCUCCUCCCAUGGGAGGCCCUCCUCCACCUCAGAACUAUGGGGCACCCCCACCACCACCUAACAACAUGGGAGGACAAAGGCCUCCACCGAACUUUGGAGGUGCACCACCGCAGAACUACAUGGGAGGACAGAGGCCACCACCAAACUAUGGAGGAGCACCACUGCAGAACAACAUGGGAGGAGGAGGUCCACCACCAAAUGCAGGAUGGUCAGGUAACAACUACCAGCAGCAGAGUGGUGGAAUGCAGCAGCCACAGUACCAGAACAACUAUCCACCUAACCGGGAUGGCAGCGGGAACCCGUACCAGGGUUAGAAUAGUUGAACCAGUUGUGGGUUUUCUUUUAUUCAUGCAUUCUGGACGAUGUAUAGGUUAGUCUAAGGAAGGUAGGGAGACUUAAAAACUCCUUUUGUUUUCAGUGUUUAUCAGCCAGGUACCGUGUGAGAGAAUAACCUUGAAUAACUGUGUCAUGGUUCUGGCGUUUUUUUAGUUUAUAUCCUAAAUCCCAUCUUAAGAGUUC